GUGAAUGCUGUGUUUAUUAUUAAAAACAAAACUUCAAAAUUCAAACAAAAAAUAAAUACAAUUUUGUCGUAAAACACAAUACAAACGAUUGACCCGUUUUUGGCCGCACAUGUGUCCACCCGAUCGGUAACCCGAUAUCUAUCACGUGACCCAAUCAAGGCGUGUGUGUAUCGGCCGAGUAUUGGUGUCGGUGGCGGACAAACACGUGUUUUGUCUCUUCGUGUGUAUAGUUUGUAGCCGUUUGUGGCCAUCACUAGUGAAUGUGACCAGUGUUUUGACGGAUCAGUCGCGCGAAGACCAAUGGCCGGUCACGUGAAUAUUGUCACCGAAAGGGGUAACGAUUGCGGAGUCGGUGACCAACAGAUGGACAAGUGUUUGUCUUAUACCAUACAUCAAGUGUCCAGUUAUUCACCAAACUAUCCGCCAAACCGUGUAUUAGAGGACAACCCAAACGACUCCAACUCUCGCUGGUCUUCGGAGAGCACAUCUCCUCCACAGUACAUGACAUUAAAGCUGAGCCGAACGGCGAUUGUGACCGAAAUCCUGUUCGGCAAACACCGAAAGCCGCACUUAUGUAACGUUAAACGGAUCAAAGUGUUCGGCGGA